AUGUUACAGUCAAACGGCGUUGAGUGCGGCACAAUAUCUAAGGAUCAACUCCACUCGCUCCCUCUUUCACCAGAGCAGCUCAUCAAUGGCUUCUUUCUUCUAUCUCUUUCUCUUAUCUUUUGCCUUUGCCUUAUUAUACGCUCCAUUGAUUCAGCAGAAGUUAAACCUCGUGCUUUUAUACUCGCUAUUAGGAAAUAUAAUGUCACACUUCAAUACUACACUACAGUCGACACAGGAACACCUCUAACCUAUCCGGAUCUGGUCAUUGAUCUUGGAGGUCAGAUCCUAUGGUUCAACUGCAAGAAUGGCUUCAAUUCAUCAACAUAUCGUCCAGUUCGUUGUGGCUCCUCCAAAUGUAAGGUCGCAAAGGGAAGUGGUUGCGUGGGUUGCAAUGGAACCCCCAGGCCAGGAUGUACCAACAACACUUGUGGAGUCUCUCCAUAUAAUCCAUUUAGCAACUUGCUUUACGCAGGCGGGCUAGGCGAAGAUACUGUGGCAAUAUAUGAAACCGAUGGCAGGUUUUACUUGUCUCAUAUAUAUGUCCCACGCUUACUUUUCGCUUGUGGAUUUAACGACCAGUUACAGGGCCUUUCAAAUGGUACCCAAGGAAUGAUUGGCCUUGCAAGAACUCAAGUUGCUCUUCAAACGCAGCUCUCUUCGGCUUAUAAGAUUCAGAAUAAGUUUGCUCUUUGUCUUCCCUCUUCAAGUGAGGACGGACUUGGUGACAUUUUCAUUGGUGGUGGUCCUUACUACAUGCCUCCUUACAACAAAGAUGCGUCCACGUUGCUUAUCAAAACCCCGCUCAUAAUCAAUCCCGUGAGCACGCCCCAAACAUAA